AAAAAGAAAAAGAAAACUUAAUAUUAUUUUGCCAAUUAUCAUAUUCGCUCUUAUUUUCCGUUGCUUGCUCUUUAAUCCAGUCGCCGCUUGUUCUGUCCCACGGCGACGGCGAGUCUCCUCCGUUGAAAGACCCAUGCCCACCUACUACUGACGGUGAACCAUCGGCGCGACUGCAUCCCCUUGCGACAGCCCAUACCUGUAUAUUCGAGCCCUCUCCCUCUGACGGUCAAGAGACCUACGGCGACUAUUCAGUACUGUACGGAAGUUUUCCUCAGCCGUGGGUAACCUCUCCUCUUCUCCGGAUUAUUCUAGCAACAGCUCACUUGAGAAAGGGACCAAACAUAAUGAAACGGAAUCCAGGUGUUGAAAAUGUGUCUGGUUCUUCAUCUUCUAAGCCAUUACAUGCUGCUGUUGAUAGCAAACCGGUCUUCUUAACCAAAGCCCAACGUGAACAAUUAGCUCUUCAACGACGCCAAGAUGAAAUCUCUCAUCAAAGACGCCGCCAAGACCAGCUUCUUCUCUCUAAUUCUCAGAAACCUUUGUCCGAUUCUGUCGACAACCACAAACCUUCAGAUUCUGACCGCCGUGAUCGUGAUAGAGGACGAGACCGGGAAAGAGAUCGAGAUCGGGACAGGGCUCGUGAUCGGGAAAGAGAUCGUGACCGUGAUUUGGAGCGACGUAAUCGUGAGAAGGAGCGCGAGGAAGAGGCCAAAGCUCGAGAGCGCACACGCUUAGAGAAGCUAGCAGAGCGGGAGCGUGACAAGGAGUUGGAUGCCAUUAAAGAACAAUAUCUUGGCUCUAAGAAGCCUAAGAAACGUGUUAUUAAACCUAGUGAGAAAUUUCGCUUUUCAUUUGAUUGGGAAAACACUGAGGAUACUUCUCGAGACAUGAAUUUGCUAUACCAAAAUCCUCACGAGGCCCAACUUUUGUUUGGACGAGGGUUCCGUGCUGGAAUGGACAGAAGAGAGCAGAAGAAACUUGCGGCUAAGAAUGAGAAGGAGAUGAGGGAGGAGAUCCGAAAGAAAGAUGGUGUGGAGGAAAAACCAGAGGAGGCUGCAGCUCAAAAACUCAAGGAAAAAGCUGCUGAUUUGUAUGACUCAUUUGAUAUGAGAGUCGAUCGGCACUGGAGCGAAAAGAAGCUAGAGGAGAUGACUGAGAGGGAUUGGAGAAUUUUUAGGGAGGACUUCAAUAUAUCCUAUAAAGGAUCCAAGAUCCCUCGCCCCAUGAGGAGUUGGACGGAGAGUAAGUUGACAACGGAACUUCUUAAGGCAGUAGAAAGGGCUGGUUAUAAGUCGCCCUCCCCCAUCCAGAUGGCUGCCAUUCCAUUGGGUUUACAACAACGUGAUGUUAUUGGGAUUGCCGAGACUGGUUCUGGUAAGACUGCUGCCUUUGUUCUUCCCAUGCUUGCUUAUAUUACAAGGUUGCCUCCCAUCAACGAAGAGAAUGAGGCAGAAGGGCCUUAUGCGGUAGUGAUGGCUCCCACUCGUGAACUUGCUCAGCAGAUUGAGGAUGAAACUGUCAAAUUUUCUCAUUAUUUGGGUAUCAAAGUGGUUUCAAUUGUUGGAGGUCAAUCUAUCGAGGAGCAAGGAUUUAAGAUCAGGCAAGGUUGUGAGGUUGUCAUUGCCACUCCAGGUCGUUUACUGGAUUGUUUGGAGAGGCGCUAUGCUGUACUUAAUCAAUGUAAUUAUGUUGUUCUAGAUGAAGCUGAUAGGAUGAUAGAUAUGGGUUUCGAGCCUCAAGUUAUGGGAGUUUUAGAUGCAAUGCCUUCAAGCAAUCUUAAACCUGAAAAUGAGGACGAGGAGCUUGAUGAGAAAAAAAUAUAUCGAACUACAUACAUGUUUAGUGCUACCAUGCCACCUGCUGUGGAGAGGCUAGCUAGAAAAUAUCUAAGAAAUCCUGUUGUUGUUACCAUUGGAACUGCUGGAAAGGCAACUGACCUAAUAUCCCAACAUGUUAUUAUGAUGAAGGAAUCAGAGAAGUUUUAUAGAUUGCAGAAUUUGCUUGAUAACCUGGGUGACAAAACAGCUAUUGUUUUUGUUAACACCAAGAAGAAUGCUGAUACUGUUGCCAAAAAUUUGGACAAGGCAGGGUAUCGUGUUACAACUUUGCAUGGUGGGAAGUCACAAGAACAAAGGGAAAUUAGUCUUGAAGGGUUUAGAACUAAGAGAUAUAAUGUUCUCGUUGCCACAGAUGUUGCUGGUCGUGGAAUAGAUAUUCCUGAUGUUGCUCAUGUCAUAAACUAUGAUAUGCCUAGUAACAUUGAAAUGUAUACACAUCGUAUUGGACGUACCGGCCGUGCAGGGAAAACAGGUGUGGCCACAACAUUUUUGACUUUACAAGAUUCUGAAGUCUUUUAUGAUCUUAAGCAAAUGCUUAUCCAAAGCAAUAGUCCUGUGCCUCCUGAAUUGGCAAGGCAUGAAGCAUCUAAGUUCAAGCCUGGUAGUAUUCCUGAUAGACCUCCCCGGCGUAAUGAAACUCUUUUUGCACAUUGAGAGACAAUGUUCUGAAGACAUUUACAUGGUCAAAAUUCUGUAUCGGUUACAUGGUUGCUUUGUUUUACUUAUGUAUUUGGUAAAUUUUGUUCUCAUUGUAGUUUAAGAUGUUCUUGGCACUUGGCUAACUACUCGAGUUUUAUUUUUUAUUGUUUUCUCUUUGUGUUGCCUUCAAAUCUAUUUGGUUGGACUUACCUAUGACAAUUUCCUACCCAUUUUCAUCAUGGGAUAUCGUGCAUGAUUUUCAAAUUUACAGAUUUAUUAAAUGGUGAAACAGCCAACUGACUUAGGGUA